CUCUUCUCAGAUAGGUAAAUCUCGACAACUAGACAGGCAGAGACAUUUGAACCUCGGCUCGGCCCCCGCGUUUAAAGAAUCCGGGGUCCAUCAGUCUCUCCAUACCAACUCCUUUCUCAAACAUUUCUCUCUAUUGCAUCCAUUCAAUCAAACAAGUUGAUUCUUUUCAAUUGAUCAUCUAUAAUCAAAUCAUUCACAAUAUGCGAGGAAUUCAAAUCAAAGAAUAUGUCAAAGUAAGCUUUAGAGAGAGCUCCGAAGCUCUUGUUCCCUUCGACAUGUAUGUAUCAAUGUCCUAACAUACCUUCACGCAUUAUAGGGACCUCAGGAUCUCAAAAUCACAGAUCUACCAGAUCCAGUGCCAAAUCCUGAUCAAUAUUUAAUCGAAAUUCAUGCUACUGCUACCAAUUUCUUUGAUCUCCUUCAAAUCCAGGGAAAAUAUCAGCAUCAACCUCCUCUCCCUUGUAAGCAGUUUGAUUUAUCUGCCAUUGAUGAAAGCCAGUCCGCUCAUGUCGCACUACAAGUCUUUUCCAAUCCCAUAUCUCAAAGCAUCAGGACCAUCUACUAACUCACAUUUAGGGAUAUCCGGCUCAGAAUUCAGCGGAAUCGUCCUCUCCACUCCUAAAUCCUCCUCGUCGCCUCGAUACAAACCAGGAGACCGCGUAUUUGGAGCCUCUCAAGGUGGCUACGCAACCCAAGUUUGCGCCCAAGAAGCCUCACUCUAUCCCGUACCAGAAUCGUGGUCCUUCUUCGAAGCCGCUGGUCUCUUCGUCACAGCACCUACCUCCUACAGCGCCCUAGUAACUCGUGCCAACAUUAAAUCCGGCGACUAUGUCCUCGUCCAUGCAGCAGCUGGUGGAGUAGGUCUCGCCGCCGUUCAAAUCGCCAAAGCGUUCGGCGCAACCGUCAUAGCUACAGCUGGAACACAGCGAAAACUCGAAGUAGCCCGCGAAUUUGGCGCAGAUCAUGCUAUCGAUUACACAGAUGCCUCCUGGCCCGAUCAAGUGAAAAAAUUAACUCCCAAUAAUAGAGGUGUAGAUAUUGUGUUCGAUCCCGUAGGUUUAAUCGACAAAUCUACAAAAUGCAUACGAUGGAAUGGACGAAUUCUCGUAAUAGGAUUUGCGGCGGGAAAUAUUGAAAAGGUGCCAAUGAAUAAGGUAUUAUUGAAAAAUAUUAGUAUUGUAGGAUUACAUUGGGGAGCAUAUGUACAGAAUGAACCUGAGAAAAUCAAGGAGGUUUGGGAGGGAAUUUUCAAAUUGAUCAAGGAGGGCAAGUUCAAAGGAACAGUUUUCAAGGAUAGGGAGUUUCAGGGACUGGAGGAUGUGCCGCAGGCUUUGGAGAGUCUAGGAAGUAGGGGAACUUGGGGAAAGGUGGUGGUUAAAGUGGAUCAGAAGGAAAAGGCGGGGAGGAGUAAGAUUUAGGGAGUGGGAAAAGGAGAUAGUUUCCUGUUUCAUGUGGAUGGUUGUAUAGAAUGUGUUUUGGAUUGAACUGAGCUGUGUAGUGCAGUGUACAUAAGAUUACAUGGAUAUGAUUUUUUAUAUAAAUAGUGUAGAUAAUAUGGAAUUAAGGGCUUAUUAUUAUAUAUCCUAAACAGCAGUUGUGUGGAUUUAGGCGAGGGCUAGAAGAGCAGA